CCUUAAUGAGUUUUUCCCAUUGUUUCAGGUGUUGAAAUAUUGCGAUAACCUGCAUGGAAAGUGGUACUUCUCCGAAGUGCGUGCAAUAUUCUCCCGACGGUAUCUGCUGCAGAACAAUGCCGUGGAAAUAUUCCUGGCCAGCCGAACAUCGAUUAUGUUCGCUUUUCCGGACCAAAACACGGUGAAAAAGGUGAUUAAGGCUCUUCCGCGAGUCGGAGUGGGCAUCAAGUAUGGCAUUCCGCAAACGCGGAAGGCCAGUAUGAUGUCCCCCAGGCAGCUGAUGAGGAACUCCAACAUGACGCAAAAGUGGCAGCGACGCGAAAUUUCCAACUUUGAGUAUCUGAUGUUCCUCAAUACCAUUGCAGGGAGAACCUACAACGACCUCAACCAGUACCCCGUCUUUCCAUGGGUGAUAACCAACUAUGACUCCAAGGAAAUGGACCUGAGCCAACCGAGCAACUACCGCGACCUCUCGAAACCGAUAGGAGCCCUAAACCCUAGCAGACGCGCCUAUUUUGAGGAGAGAUAUUCGUCGUGGGAGCACGAAACUAUCCAACCAUUCCACUAUGGAACUCACUACUCCACUUCAGCCUUUGUAUUUAACUGGCUGAUUCGAAUGGAACCAUUUACAACGAUGUUCCUGGCAUUGCAAGGUGGCAAGUUUGACUACCCCAACCGUUUAUUCUCCUCCAUUGCGCUGUCAUGGAAAAAUUGCCAAAGAGACACCUCGGACGUGAAGGAAUUGAUCCCGGAGUUCUAUUUCCUGCCGGAAAUGUUCGUGAACUACAACCGAUACCGGCUGGGAGUCAAUGAGGAUGGUCGGGCCAUUAGCGAUGUGGAGCUGCCUCCAUGGGCGAACACUCCGGAAGAGUUCGUCCGAAUCAACCGAAUGGCUCUUGAAUCGGAGUUCGUUUCGUGCCAGUUGCAUCAGUGGAUCGACUUGAUAUUCGGCUACAAGCAGAAGGGCCCUGAAGCUGUUAGGGCGACCAACUGUUUUUACUACUUGACCUAUGAGGGCAGUGUGGAUUUGGAUUCCAUCCAGGACAAAGUGAUGCGCGAAGCUGUGGAGAAUCAGAUUAGAAACUUUGGGCAAACACCGUCGCAGUUACUAAUGGAGCCCCAUCCUCCUAGAAGUUCCGCUAUGCAUCUAUCGCCGAUGAUGUUUUCCACUAUACCCGACGAUGUCUGCAUGACGAUGAAAUUUUUAUCGAACAGCCCAAUUGUUCACAUUUCGGCCAACACUUAUCCUCAGCUGCCCAAUCCCUCAGUGGUAACCGUUUCAAUGCAUCAGCAAUUCGCAGUUAAUAAAUGGAACUCAGCUUACGCAGCUGUAGCUCAGUCGCCCAGCUAUGCGGAAACCCCCAAAGAUCAAAUCGCCAAUCUGCCUCUUUCCAUGGAUCCAGUUCUGUGUAAGUUGGAAUCUUUAACCAACAACAGUAACCAACAGAACCAAAUGCUGCGACGCAACCUGGGCGACAAUUUCAGCCAGAACCUGAAAAUCCGUGCAAACUGUUUCGUCACCACUGUGGAUUCAAAGUUUCUGAUCGCCUGCGGGUUUUGGGACAACAGUUUCCGAGUUUUUUCCACCGAAAGUGCGAAAAUCGUUCAGAUCAUCUUUGGUCACUAUGGAGUGGUGACGUGCUUGUCCAGAUCCGAAUGCAACAUCACUUCGGACUGUUACAUUGCGUCGGGUUCUGCGGAUUGUACGGUUCUGUUGUGGCACUGGAACGCCCGAACCCAAACCAUAGUAGGAGAAGGCGAGGUGCCGACACCAAGAGCCACAUUGACUGGACAUGAACAGCCAGUUUCAAGUGUGGUGAUUUCCGCUGAAUUGGGCCUGGUAGUUUCAGGAUCUUACAAUGGACCAGUGCUGGUUCACACGACUUUUGGUGACUUGCUGAGAUCUCUGGAUCCUCCAAACGGGUUCAAUUCCCCAGCGAACAUUGCCAUGUCCCGUGAGGGUGUUAUUGUGGUAAAUUAUGAAAAGGGCAACGUGGCUUCGUUCACCAUUAACGGGAAACGCCUGCGGCAUGAGUCCCACAACGAUAAUCUGCAGUGUUUGCUGUUGAGUCGCGAUGGGGAGUACUUGAUGACCGGAGGCGAUAAAGGCAUAGUGGAAGUCUGGCGCACUUUCAACUUGGCACUACUUUAUGCAUUCCCAGCAUGUGAUAGUAGCAUAAGAUCUCUUGCUUUGUCUCAUGAUCAAAAGUUUUUAUUGGCUGGUCUGGCACUCGGAUCGAUCGUAGUCUUUCACAUCGAUUUCAACCGAUGGCAUCAUGAGUUUCAGCAGAGAUAUUGAUGAAAACACACACGAAAGCCGUUUUUUUAAGGUAACUGUUAUAGAUAUAGUUUUUGAGCUACUUACCUACAUAUUCCAGGUUUAGAAAAGGAUUGUUAUGAAGCUGAUUAAUGCAAAUCAAAGGGCACUGGCCGAAUGUAAUCAAUUAAACCAAAUUUUUCGUCAGAGUUGCACAGAUUUAAGUGAAUUUAUCGAGUGAAAGGUGUAAAGACGAUCAUUUUCUGUAUCUGGAAGUCGAACUGAAACCAUUUUUGUAGUAUUAAAGUAACUAGGAAUAAUCGAAUGUGAACGUCGAACGCAUUCACUUAAGUUUGAUUACUUAAAAGCAUUUAAAUAUUGAAUGUAGAUUAGUUAACCAAUUAUUUUCAUGACUUUGUGCAAUAUGUUGUGGUUGUUUGGUCGAUAGGUAGAGUACCUUCACUUGGUGUACUAGUACGACUCGUUUUUUUUGGCUUUUCAACAAAUUAUUACUAUAUUAAUGUAGAGAAUUGUUACGAUGGCUUCUUCCAGGAUGUCCAGUCACUUUUGUCAAUCGCGACAUCCUCAAAGGAAUCGACUUUAAAAAAAUCAAAAUAUAAAAAAUUGCUUUUACUGUUCACGAGGCUCAUUAAAGGAAUAGCCUGUUGUACUACUACUACUACUAAUAAUAAAUAUAAUACUAAUUGUAAUAAACAUCUAUUAUUUUUAAACUUAGACGUUAAGGAUUUUUACCGUUAUGAAACCAAGUCAAUCAAAGCUGGUCUUAUAUUGUAAGUUUAAGCACGUUUGAGAGUAGAAGUUUUGCUUCAGCUUACAGCACAUCCAUGCCAGCAAUUUGUUAAGCCAACAUUUUUGGCUCACUUUUUGGGCACCAUAUGAAUGCCGCCAUUUAUCUCUUUUUGUUUCUGUAAAAUAAGACUUUACACGGGAAAUCAAUUUCCAAAUAAAACCUGACACAGGUUUUGGGGAAAACCACACAAACAGAUGUCUUAUGAUUUAAAUAGUUGUUUAAUUGGGAUUUUUUCAGCCCUCGGAUUAUACACAAAAAUAAUUUUGAGUUAAAGCUGUUACAAAGGAUGGUUUGAAAUUAUUUUACAGAAGCCAAUCAUUAUUUGAAAAAAAAAAUGGUGUUAACGUCGUUGGCGCAUACGGUACCCAUAAACAUUCCCUCCAGCAAUUGUAUUAUACUGCAAUCUGUCCAAACAAAUCAAACUUAUAAUGUAUAUAAGAAACAAAAUCGUUUUCUUUUUUAUGGAACGAGUUAGGUUGUAAGUCAUGGGGUGUUUUGAAGCAUUUAACUUAACGUAUUAUUUUACUACUUCAGCAAAAUGUACUUAAAUUGUAAGAAUACUGUAUGUUUGAUGUUAGCAAUAAACCUAUGUUCAUGAUUUGUAUACACAAUAUUAAUAAAUGUGUUUUGUUCCUA